AUGUCCGAGUCUUCUGAAUGGCUGAAUGGACAUGGUCAACAAGAGAGUGUGGCUACGCUCGUGGACGCCGGUCCCGCUGAGCAGGUCAGGGAAUCCAAAGCCCAACUGCCACCGUUGUCUCCGUCGUCUCCCAUCAUUGUGGAAGGGGACCCGUUAGUGAUCCCUCCGGAACACCCGUUUCGCACAUUGGUUCUUUGGAAAUUCGAUGGAGAUAACUCGAACAUUGUCCAGCUCUUCACUCUGCUGAAGAAGGAUGAUAGGGAUGUGCAAAUGGUGUACUACCAGGCGGGAAUUGGCACAUACACAUCGCCCAAUAUUGCGACGCCCCUCAUGGCAAAGGUGUCUAAGACUCUGGACGAGAUGAUUGCGUGGAAUCUGGGUAGACAUGUCAUGGAUGGAUACGAGUUCUUGAUGCAGAACUACAAGGCAGGCGAUCGUAUCUGUAUCUUCGGAUUCUCCCGUGGUGCCUACACCGCCAGAGCCCUCGCAGGAAUGAUUCACAAGGUGGGGUUGCUUCCGGCAUGCAAUCAUCAACAGGUCCCCUUUGCGUACAAAAUGUUCAAACGAGCGGAUGAGACGGGCUGGAAGCAAUCCAAUGCUUUCAAGAAAGCCUUCUCAGUCGAUGUCGACAUCGAAUUCAUCGGUGUUUGGGACACUGUGAGCUCGGUCGGCCUGAUCCCGCGAAAGCUACCAUUCACCACCUCCAACACCAUUGUCCGCACGUUCCGGCAUGCGAUCGCAUUGGACGAGCGCCGAGCGAAAUUCAAAGCCAACCACUGGAAUCGCCCAAAUACCAAGGAACAAACGCUCAGCAUAUCUGACCACCACCGCAAGGCGCACAAGAACCAUCCCCAUGCUACUGACCCACGUCUGAAGGCGCUUGAAAGGAAAUAUACGAAGGACCACAGCAAGCAAACAGAUAUCGAGGAGGUGUGGUUUGCCGGCUGCCAUUGCGACGUCGGCGGUGGGUCGGUGCCUAACGAGACGCAGCACUCGCUCGCUCGUAUUCCUUUGCGCUGGAUGAUUCGCGAGUGCUUCAAGACCAACACCGGGAUCAUGUUCGACUGCGAGGGCCUGCAGGCCCUUGGCCUUGACCCGGGGGCAUUGUUCCCAGAAGUCCUUCCACGUCCCCCGAUGGCGACAGACUUCGGCACGCUGCGCAUCCAGGACAUCCCCAAAUCCAUCUCCGGGCCCCCCGACGACACCCAGCUGCCCAACUUCGCGGAUGCGGGCGACUUCUCUGCGCUGUACAAGUCGGAGGAAGAUCACGAUCUGCUCGACCUGCUGUCGCCCGUGUACGACCAGCUUUCGCUUGCGCCAUACUGGUGGGUGCUUGAGGUCUGGCCGGUCAAGCAGCGGUACCAGAAGUCAGAUAACUCGUGGGCGUCGUAUUUGGGGUUCAAUAUGGGCGCAGGGAGGAUCGUUCCGAAGCAAAAGCGCGGGGUCAAGGUGCACCGGAGUGUGAAGGUGAGAAUGGAGGCAUUGCACUCGAACGGUACCCCUUAUAUCCCGCGAGCAUCGUUUGAGAAAGCGCUCGCAGCUGGAAAGGUUGAAUGGGUUGAUUGA